UUGAGCGUGUAUCAGUGGAUCAUCCACACCACACCAUGUUCAUUCUGAUGGCCCUGGCUAACGCUGAUCGUGACCGUGAGUACGUUACAGCAGGCAAGAAGACUGGUAAAGAUUUAAGGUUAUCAAGAAACGCAGCUAAGAAAACCAAGGGGUUUGUUGAUGAGGCUCGCCUAGAAGCUGCCACCAGUCUGAUACAAAACAUAUCGCUACAUCGUGGGGAAUUGGUCGAAAUGACUAAAMAUGUUUGCAACGCGUACAUAGAGCUGGCGUACCUCGAUGUAAACCACCUGAAGAAAGAAACAGGUCCUUUCAAUCUACCCAAUCACCUGAUGAUCAAGAAGCUGUCUAAUAUAAACCACGUAGCCGUACCAACACUUGAUAUCAAGGUGGAUCCAUUGUGUAACUACGAUGAUAUYGUGUACAUCGCUCGUGUUUCGCCAACCUUCUGUCUAGCUGGUGGGAUUAAUCUGCCCAAGAUUAUCUCUUGUGUCGGCUCAGAUGGUAUAGAACGACGACAGCUUGUCAAGGUGAUACCRCUGUCYCAGCGUAGCGGGAUGUUAGAAUGGUGUGAAGGUACAACACCAUUAGGUGAUUAUCUGAUUGGCAAGUUUGGUCGAACCAUCGGUGCACAUCAGAGACAUUAUCCUCAUGAUUGGCAACCCAUCGAAUGUAGAAGAAAAAUGAUGCAAGUUGAUCAAUACAGAAAAACUAAAGCUGAAAUCUAUAAGGAAAUAACCGAUAAUUUCCAUCCAGUUUUUCGUCAUUUCUUCCUUGAGCGGUUUACAGACCCUGCCGUGUGGUUUGAGAAACGACUAGCAUAUGUCAAGAGCUGUGCCACGUGUUCCAUAGUUGGUUACAUUAUGGGAUUGGGUGAUCGUCACGUGCAGAAUAUUUUAGUUGAUUGUAACACUGCAGAGCUCAUCCACAUCGAUCUUGGUGUGGCUUUCGAACAAGGUAAAAUACUACGCACCCCCGAGACCGUUCCAUUCCGUCUAACACGUGACCURGURGAUGGUAUGGGCGUGACAGGGGUGGAGGGGGUGUACAGACGAUGCUGUGAGAAAACCAUGGAGGUGAUGCGGGGAUCACAAGAAGCACUCGUCACUAUCCUAGAG